AGUGUAUAAAUGGCAACCUCGACGCUCUGAGACAAGCACACACUGACACACACACACACACCUGUUGGCUCCCGAGAUGAGCCACGGUCAGCGCAGAGGUAAGAUACUAUGAGCGCGAUUCGUUUUCUCUCUGCGCAGAUUGAACGGUUUUAGACAUCUAGAUGGACACAGCACUGACGGUGUCCCUCUCUCUGCUUGGACUGUCUCUUGUCCUGCUAUCCUUCCCUGAGCAUGCCUCACUGAACAGAGUAUUUGACAGCUCCUCAGGAACUGUGUAUCUGGGCUCUGUAUUUGUGGAGGAGGCUCUUCAGAGGGCGAUAGAGCUGACUGAUGCUGCUUACGCUCGCACAAGCGAAAGGGUGAAGAAGUCUCUGUCUGAAGGCGCUCUGAGACCGAGUGAUCUGCUGGCUCAGUUUAAACAGACUGAAGCAAGAACCAGAACUCAGAUCCGGGCUGCUGAACUGCUGGACAACACAGUGGAGCUGAUCAGAGAAAUGGUCUACACUCACACUAUGGUUCAGCCCAACCCUCACGAGCUCCUGAGUGAAGGAGAUGUGGAGAAUCUGCUGCAGGUGACGGGCUGCUCAGCUGAGCUGCAGAGACCCAGCUGUCCCACCGACUGUCUGUCUGAGCGCUACAGAUCCAUCACAGGAGAGUGCAACAACAGACAGCACCCCAGAUGGGGGGCUGCGAACGUCCCAUAUUCCCGCUGGCUGCCUCCAGAGUACGAGGACAUGUGGGGGACGCCCAGAGGCUGGGACCCAGAGCACACUUACCACAACAUCAGCUUGCCUCCAGUGCGGCUGGUGUCUCAGGAGGUGCUGUUCACUCAUAAUGACAAUAUCUCUCUGGACUCCACUCUGUCCCACCUGCUGGUGGAGUGGGGCCAGUGGAUAGACCACGACAUGGUGCUGACACCCCAGAGCCCCAGCACAGCGGCCUUCAGGACAGGAGCUGACUGCACACACACCUGCAGCCGGGACACACCCUGCUUCCCCAUACAGAUCCCACUGUCAGAUCCUCGCAACGGCAUCCAGAGCUGCAUGCCUUUCUUCCGCUCUGCUCCGAGCUGCGUCGAGCGAGUUCGCCCCCAUCGCCACCGGGAGCAGCUCAACGCCAUCACCUCCUUUGUGGAUGCCAGUAUGGUGUACGGCAGCUCCACCAGUCAGGCCUCGGCGCUGCGUAACCACUCCUCUCCUCUGGGCUUAAUGGCCCUCAACUCACGGCACUCAGACCAGGAGCUGGCAUACAUGCCCUUCCUGCCUCGACUGCAGGCUCACCUGGACCCCUGUGGCCCUCGCAACUCCACCACUACAGGGCCGUCGGACCGAUCCGCACCACAGGAGAACAUCACAUCCUGCUUCCAAGCUGGUGAUUCAAGAGCCAAUGAGCAUCUGGGAAUGAUCGCACUGCACACACUCUUCCUGAGAGAGCACAACCGGCUGGUCAAAGAGCUACACCAGCUCAACCCUCACUGGAGCCCCGACACCCUCUAUCAAGAGGCCCGCAAGAUCAUGGGAGCCAUUCACCAGAUCCUAACAUGGGAGCACUACCUGCCGCGGGUCCUCGGUGAGAGCGCCAUGUCCCGUCUGAUGCCUCCCUACCAGGGUUAUGAUCCUGACGUGGAUCCCAGCAUCGCUAAUGCCUUCGCAGCUGCUGCGUUUCGUUUUGCCCAUGUCACUGUGCAGCCAGUAGUAUCCAGGCUGGGGCCGGGUUACAUGGCUAACUCCCAGCAUCCCUCGCUGCCUCUGCAUCAUUCACUGUUUGCCUCUUGGAGGGUUGUGCAGGAAGGUGGUAUCGACCCCGUGCUGCGCGGUCUGUUGCUGUCUCCUGCUAAGCUGCAGACUCCGGGCCAGAUGAUGGUGGAGGAGCUGACAGAGCGGCUGUUUCAGGCACAGGGAGGGAUGCCUCUGGACCUUGGGGCCCUUAACCUCCAGAGGGGCCGGGAUCAUGGCCUGCCUGGAUACGGCUCAUGGCGAAGAUUCUGCGGCCUCUCCGUUCCCAACACAACAUCAGAGCUGGCAGAAAUCCUGGGUAACCGAACUUUGGCUCACAAAUUCCAGCUCCUGUAUGGGACGCCACACAACAUCGACGUGUGGGUGGGAGGCAUCUCUGAACCUGCUCUGCCCGGAGGCCGAGUCGGACCGCUGCUGUCCUGCCUGCUGGCGAGACAGUUCAGAGACCUGAGAGAUGGGGACAGGUUUUGGUGGGAGAGAGAAGGAGUGUUCACCAGCACCCAGAGGAGACACCUCCACGCUGUCUCCCUGUCCCGCAUCAUCUGUGACAACAGCCACAUCACCCAUGUUCCUGCCGACGCCUUCUCACGCACUGAGAGCCCAGACGCCAUGCUGGCCUGUUCCCACCCACUCAUCCCCCACCUCGACCUCAGCCCCUGGGAAGAACCAGACACAGAUCCCAACUGCGGUCCGAUACCCAGGAUUCAAUCUGGCUACUCGCUGCUUUGCAACUCUGUGAUUCUCUAUCAGUGUCACUCUGGUUUCAAGCUGCUGGGCUCUUCGUCUGUCAGCUGUGAUCCAGACAGUCAGCAGUGGAGCUCCGCACCCCCAACAUGCCGAGAUAUUAAUGAAUGUGAAGAACAGAAUCCUUCUUGCCCACAAAACAUGGAGUGCCUCAACUUGCCAGGUUCCUUUAUUUGCUCAGAGCCCUCCUCGCUGUCCGCCGUGUCCAUUGUCACUGCAGUGAUAGUAGUGAUCGGCGGUAUGGCCGUGUUGGUGAUGAUCAUGAUCUGUUAUCGAAGAUAUUUCCCCAAGAAAGAAGAGUUAGUCAGUGCUGGAUGUUGCCAGGGGAAAAGUUAAUCAACCAUCUAAAUGAGUCUACUGUAAUCUGUAUGGCGAGGCAAUGGAAUCAGAAAAACAAGCUUACAAAGGUCUUUUCAAUCAGGAAACCAAAAUCUUACUGGAAUGUCUGUUCCAAAAACAGAUUUUCAUACCAUAAAGCCCCUCUGAGCGGGAUAUGGUCUCAGUAUUUCCUCCCUGUGCCUGAUUCCUGCUUACAAACCUGUUAGGCAACUGUGGGUGUGUAGCAGAGCGUUUGGUGUCGGGGUAACCAGGCGGUUCCUGGCAAUGACCUUAAUCGGUGACAUUCCGUAAGUGAAACAGGUCUGUGUCAUCCGGUUGUUCACUUGAGCUGAGAUUAAUUACCAGUGAUGAGUCAU